AUAGACUACACUCGCGAUGAAUCCGACGUGCUGUUCGUCCUUGUCUGUCCUCUGCCAUGCCCUCGCUCCUCUCCCUGCCCGUAGAGACAAUCGACCUCAUAGCGUUCUACGUCGCCUGUCCGACUCGAGACGGCCUUCCCAGCUCCCUGUUACCCUUCAUUCUCACCUGCCGCGCCAUUGGCAACUACCUCCAUGAAUCCCAUGCCGUUUAUCGCCAAAUAUUCAUCUACAAGUACAGUUACGGUGCUGUCAGUCGCCGUGCAUUCGAACUAACGUCGCGGGACUUGAAGCACCAGCUGUGCUGUUAUCGCAAGACGCUUCGGUUCAUUCUUGAGCGACGGGGACUGGAUGGGGAGCACGAGCUGAGGAGCACGUAUGACGUCGAUGUUUCCGACGUUCUCUGGAUCGUGUAUUUUAUGUGCCUCGACGACGACGGCUACAAUCUGCGGCAGCUAACCGCGGUAGGCGCGUACGAGUGGAUCCACGACUUCGUGACCCUGCGCCUAUAUGACGGAGCAAGCGAUAACGGCGGCUGGCCGCUCGACAACUAUGUGAAUGCAUUGGCAUUAUGGAUCUUCUGGAGACUUUCCACAAAAUUGUCGUUGCUUUCCGAAACAGACGAGAUGUCCGAACAUAUCAUUCAAUUGAUUCUACCUUUCGUUACGGUACCUUUUCGGUACGCCUCUGCCUUUGCACCGCCGAACCACUUUGUCCUACCCCUCCACUCCAAAGCCUAUAACUUUUCCAGCACAUCAUCUCGAGUCCCUUCUCGCACACGGGCUCAUUUCCUCUCUGUGACUACACCCCACGGCCCUUAUCCAGUGUACCUUUCUCCUUCUCGUGUCUGGUCACAGGUUCAUUUCUCACGGUGUAUCAGUUUAACGUGUCCCCUUGUCACUACCGCUGCUAAACUCCUCUUCUUCUCACGCAGGGAGCUGUAUCCAUUUGGCAUGAACUAUAGCCUUCCUAGGAACAGGUCUGAGGCUAUAGCCAGAGGCCUAGGCGGACAGAUUACCCCGACGCAGGAGGACAUCGAAGAGAUGAAUCUGCACCGUCUCGGCGGCCCUGACGGUAAGUAUGGGGGCACGAAGCUUCCGACGGUCGCUCCAGAUUCCUCGGAUGAGGUGCCAGACAUAAGCAAGGCCUACGAUUCGGAGUGGUACAGACUUCGGCUCUGCACGGAUGCGUGGGCUGAUGAUCUUGGUGACGAUGAUGAGACCUGGCGGCGAGCCAAGUUGGACAAACGGAUGAGAGUCAAGACUGCGGCCCAUGAGGUACGCGAGCUCAGAUUUCGUCAAGCCGAGAUGUACGUCUUGGGAUCCCUCACCGGUUUGUGGGCCGGUCGUAUGGCUAUACCUGGCGAACAUCAACUAUUGCAGCUCUUGAUCGCGAACCAAAAUAUCGCCCAACAACCUCAAAACGACAACCCGGUACCGUUGCCCCAGGGGUUUAGCGAGGAUUACCUCGGGCUCAUAAGCGCGCCUGUAUAUAUGCGCCUACGAGAGCACGUAUCUUAUGCGGGCGGAGACAUCAUUCCUAUUAAUGCAGAGGGACUUGUACCCUUGUGUUACGAGGACGCCGAGGAGGAAGAGGAUAACAUGGACGAGGACGACGCGGAGAGCCUUUAUGAUGUGGAAAUGGCUAGUGAGAGCGAGCUGGAGGACGACGAUAUACCCGUGGACGAGGAGCAAGACCGACCCGAGAUCGACGGGCAAUAUCUCCUUGACGAAUUUGAUCAAGGCAUGCGUAACGCUUAUUUCCCCGAAGGUGUCGCUUUCCAAGACACUGCUGACGGGAAUGGUAUACGGGUGACGGCUCGGGAGCAGGAAUACGUGUACGAAAAUUGGAAUGGAAGCGAGUCGAAGACGAAGACAAAAGGGAGGUUUCAUGACCGAGAGACAUGCAUGGGUUGUGCGAUGCGGGAGAAGCAGGCGAGGAAACGGCGGGAAGCGGGUGCUGAUGCGGCAGUAAACGAUGAGGAUGCGCCUCUGGAUAAUGUUCCUUUUCCGCCGUGCACCGGUGUACAGGAUGUGAUCAUUACGGGAAAGACUGACGAUAGGCAUGGUCAAGCGUGGAAUCAUUACACGUAUUAUGGCCGGGUCAGGCGUUGGGAUGGGAUGAUUGGCAUUCUUAGGGUCGCGCGCGACCGUCGUUUGGGGAACUUGUUCUUCUAUGGAUACAUUGUCGAUGGGAAGAAUUUUGUUGGGAAUUGGAGGAUAACGCAUGAAGACCCCGGUAUGCCAGCCUGGGAGGGUCCAUUCACGCUCUCGAAGGUGACGGAGAACAACGCUUGAUCAUGAUACUAACUGACUCUGCUUUUUUUGGUGAUAUCUUGGAAAAUGUAUGUACUCGCAUGUAUUUUGGACCGGACUGGAGGUUAUAUGGCAU